ACUUGAGCCGUGACAGUAGACGCGCGCACUAAUUAACUCAUCGAAAUCCGAUUUCGCUGUAACUGUAACUAACUAGGCAAAAUAUUUGCUAAAAAGAAUAUUGCGUGCCGCUUCGAUCAGUGCGUUCGCGCGCGCCGCACGAGCGCGACAUGAGUGUCGAUGUACAGUGCCACGGUAAUACGCUUAACGGCUUCUACACCCUAGAGAAAAGGUUUGAAGCAGUUUCACCACGACGUGCGAGAAUCCUGGAGCUGCUAAAACCCGACGAUCCGGGCCGGGAUGAGCUGGAAGCGAUCGUGCGACCGGUGGCGCCGAGGAGAGGUCUCGUCAAACCUUAUGACGAGGAUACCUGGAGAUUCCUCCAAAAAACUGUGACACCACAUAACGCAGACAGAGAGAGCCCACCUCCACGAAACCAACAACUAGAUGCGAAAGGUGAACGAUCUCUUGCCGAUGAGCUUAGGGAAGCUGAGGAAGACGAAAGAAGCGGAAGUCAUAUACGUCGAGAGUUGUUAAGAGAAUUUCGAAAGCGAGGUGGAGGUAUCCGGGAGGCCUUGGAGCGAGAGCGUCUUGGGAAGCUAGCCCUAGCUGUGGAAGACGACGAAGAAGAUUACGAGGACGAAAACGGACUAACAGCGGCCGCGAGGCGCCUGGACGCGUUGCUUGCCGAGUCCAGGAAUCUUCACGAGGAACUCGCGGAGAUUCAGGAAGACAUGCAGGCUGAAUCGGCGCGUGCAUGUCGGUGCGCGGCAGCAGCCCGGGAUCUCACUGCACAGUCUCAGGCUCUAAGAUAUCUGGAUGACGUGGUUGCGUUGCUGAGUGGCAACGUUGCCGCUGCAAGGCGCGUCCGAUCCUGGCCCUUCGCCCUGGGUUGUCGUCAGUCCGACCGAAAUUACAUAAUUUGAUCUCAGUGGGAAAAUUCAAAUGUUGUCGACCCGGUCUCUACACUGAACCGAUAAAAAACUCGUCGCUUCGUAAUGUUAAUACAAUUAUAAAAACGUUUCGAGCUUAAUUAUACGAUUGACCUUCAAACUACUUUUUAUAGUUAGCUAACAACAUAUCUCCGUUUUUAGUAGUUAAUUUUAUAUAAUUCAUGUUAACAAAAUUUGCUCCUAGAGUAUUUAAAAUAUGAUUCAUAAUAACUUUUUAUAAACUAUAUUGUUAAUUUUUUUAAGACUGAUUACUAUGGUUAGUGAAUAAUUUCGUAUAGUUUUAAGAAAAUAGACAUAUUACGCAUAUUUAAAAGCAAAGCCGUCAAUCGAUCUAACGACCAUACUCAAAGUCGUUACUAAAGAGGUAACUGUUACAUUAAUGAAAUAUUAAAAGUUUAGUACAGAUCAUACCAACCUGCAACUGCAUUUUAGUGUUGGACAUAUAGGAAGAUAUUUUAAACCUAUCUCUUUAAUGUCCAUCGUUUCACAACAAAGGCUUUUGUGAGUAUUUAUAAGUAUUCUUUUUAGAAUUUGUAUUUUUGACAAAGAGUUCAAGAAUAGGCAUACUGAUUUUUAAUACGCUUGCGAAUCUACUGUCAUUGCCACUCAACAAACGAAUUAAACCGUUCGUUCAACACCCCAUUGAACAGCGCGCGGUGCGUUCAAAUCUCGGCUGGGUAUUUGGGUGCAGAUAUCAUAAGUCAAACAUCCAAAAAUCUUCAAGUAUACGAAAGAAAAAAAUAUUAAAGAAACCGUUGCAAAUUGCGGUUAAAACCCCGUAAGCUACUAUUACGUUAAUUACACUAGAUUAUAUUAUAAAUGUUCUGUCCUUAGAGAAUUGUCGACUCUGAGUAUAGCCGUUAAAUUGAGUUGCGAGGCACAAUCUAUGUUUAAUAAAUGCGGAUUUUAAUAAUAAAAUGGUGCUCAUUUGAAUUGCUUUUCCUGCACUUGCUAUGUAAUGUGUAGGAUAAUAUGAAUGUGUUUUCGCAAGUAAUACAUAUUGUAAUCUAUCUUUGAAAUAAAAUGUUUAUUAUUGUGA